AGCUGAGGCAGGAGAAUGGUGUGAACCUGGGAGGCGGAGGUUGCAGUGAGCUGAGAUUGCGCCACUGCACUCCAGCCUGGGUGACAGAGCAAGACUUCGUCUCAAAAAAAAAGGAAAACAAUUACAAAUCUCAUUAAUCUGCACAUUUUUCACUGUCUUCUAGCUUUGAGAGAAGGAUGUCUACCUGGUGGAAGUAUAUUUUAACAUGACUGAUGGCAUUUGACUAAUUGUCCACUCUCUUGGAACUUGGGGAGAAGAGAUUGGCCACCCAUAUGUCAUCUAGCUCUGUAUUCUUCCAGGCUGAGAUUCUUCUUCCUCAGGAAAAUGAGGAGCAGAGCUGGCCACCCUUGGCUGCUCAAGAAGCAUUUCAGAGUAGGAGAUGCAGUUGGAGGUGGGGAGGGGAAGGGAAUAGUUAUCAAAUAAUGCAAAAGGAAAUAAAAUUAUCUUGGAUGGACAGAACAACAGGGCUAAAUAUGGGUCCUCUGGUGUCGAGAUGGAAAACUGUGGAGUUGAAGAGGCUCUGAUGCCCAGAAAGGACAAUCAGGCUGGUUGACUCUUCCAGAGAAAAAGGGUAAGCCCUGUACUUGUCCUCCCAGGCCAUUUUUCUUCACUCCCUCUGCUGCUGUUUGCAAAGUUGCCCUGAUUAUCAGGAGAAAAGAACCACAAGCAUCCAGAGAGUUUACAUCCUGCCUUCUGUCCUCUGCUCCUUCAGAAAGAUGAAUGCCUAGACAAUGGUUUCACACUGAAUGCAGGCUGGAAAGAAUGCAUGCUGGUGGCCUGAUGCCAGGGCUGUUGAAACAAUUUCAGAUAUAGCACUGUGGUCUCCGCUUUAUUUCUUUAUGUAUUUUGGCCGCUGCAUUUUGAUUGCAGCUAAAAGAGAUAACAGAAAGGACAUACUGGCUGGCUGCUUCAGAUUAUACCUCCCCGUUGUCAACACCUUGAUGAGGCCAACCCAGAGCUGCUUGAUCAGUCCUCAGCUUUGCGGGGCUAGGUACAGAAUUUUAUCACAGGAUUUUAUCCCGCUCUCUGGGGUGACCAGACCCACAGGAAUGAAAACGCCGUUUCCAAAAGCUCGAGUGACUGAAGGAUCUAUGCACAAACAUGGCCAUUUGCUAGUUAACAACAGGAUAUUUCUCUCUGGCCAGAUCACAGACAUGGUUCUGAGUUCAGAACUUCCUUGAUGGCAUCCCUUUAAAGAGGCCAUCUUAGGAACAGAAUCACAAGUUAGCUUAGUGAGCAGAGAAUUAGAACAAACCUAGCUAGGUGUGUUUAAGGAAUAUUUCCAUUCAGCUAGUGUAGCUAGAUUAAUUUCUAUUCUCCAAAUCAAGGAUGUAUAGAAAAUGGGAAUUGUGGCUUUCAAAUAUAAGAAGAAUCUCCUUUGGGCCAGCUGCAUAUACAAUAAAAAUGCUUGUUUCUUGGCCUUCCUUUAACUGGACUCCACAACCCACUUCAGAUCAGCAGGUCGAAUGUGUUACACAAUCCGUUUCACUUACAACUUCAUUUGCAUUAACUGCAUUCCAGUUCUGAGGACAGAUCCUGAUUGACCACCUUGAUUAGUCUAAGACACUAUCUAGUCCAAAACCCUCGAGUGCCUCAUGAAGCAUCCUAGUACCUUUAUCUCUAGUUAUAGAUCACCUCUUAAUUUGAACUGUUUGGCAAGUGGCUAAAAACAUCUGUUCUUUAUUGGUUUUUUUUUUUGAGGUGGGGUCUCACUGCAUUGCCCAGGCUAUUCUCAACUUCUGGAUUCAAGCAGUCCUCCCCACUCAGCCACCUGAGUACCUGGGACUACAGGAAGGUUCUGCUGCCUUGGUUUUAGGGAGCCCCCUAGACAGCGAACUGCCCCUUCGCGAGCAGAAGUCGGGGAAGAGUGCUCUCAGCUCGCCUUCCUUGCAGGAUGCCGGUGCAGCUGACGACAGCCCUGCGUGUGGUGGGCACCAGCCUGUUUGCCCUGGCAGUGCUGGGUGGCAUCCUGGCCGCCUAUGUGACAGGCUACCAGUUCAUCCACACGGAAAAGCACUACCUGUCCUUCGGCCUGUACGGCGCCAUCCUGGGCCUGCACCUGCUCAUUCAGAGCCUGUUUGCCUUCCUGGAGCACCGGCGCAUGCGGCGGGCCGGCCAGGCCCUGAAGCUGCCCUCCCGGCGGCGGGGCUCGGUGGCACUGUGCAUUGCCGCAUACCAGGAGGACCCUGACUACCUGCGCAAGUGCCUGCGCUCGGCCCAGCGCAUCUCCUUCCCUGACCUCAAGGUGGUCAUGGUGGUGGACGGCAACCGCCAGGAGGAUGCCUACAUGCUGGACAUCUUCCAUGAGGUGCUGGGUGGCACUGAGCAGGCCGGUUUCUUUGUGUGGCGCAGCAACUUCCAUGAGGCGGGCGAGGGUGAGACAGAGGCCAGCCUGCGGGAGGGCAUGGACCGUGUGCGGGAUGUGGUGCGGGCCAGCACCUUCUCGUGCAUCAUGCAGAAGUGGGGAGGCAAGCGCGAGGUCAUGUACACAGCCUUCAAGGCCCUCGGCGAUUCGGUGGACUACAUUCAGGUGUGCGACUCUGACACUGUGCUGGAUCCAGCCUGCACCAUCGAGAUGCUUCGAGUCCUGGAGGAGGAUCCCCAAGUAGGGGGAGUCGGGGGAGAUGUCCAAAUCCUCAACAAGUACGACUCAUGGAUUUCCUUCCUGAGCAGCGUGCGGUACUGGAUGGCCUUCAACGUGGAGAGGGCCUGCCAGUCCUACUUUGGCUGCGUGCAGUGUAUUAGCGGGCCCUUGGGCAUGUACCGCAACAGCCUCCUCCAGCAGUUCCUGGAGGACUGGUACCAUCAGAAGUUCCUAGGCAGCAAGUGCAGCUUCGGGGAUGACCGGCACCUCACCAACCGAGUUCUCAGCCUUGGCUACCGAACUAAGUAUACUGCACGCUCCAAGUGCCUCACAGAGACCCCCACUAAGUACCUCCGGUGGCUCAACCAGCAAACCCGCUGGAGCAAGUCUUACUUCCGGGAGUGGCUCUACAACUCUCUGUGGUUCCAUAAGCACCACCUCUGGAUGACCUACGAGUCAGUGGUCACAGGUUUCUUCCCCUUCUUCCUCAUCGCCACGGUCAUACAGCUUUUCUACCGGGGCCGCAUCUGGAACAUUCUCCUCUUCCUGCUGACAGUGCAGCUGGUGGGCAUUAUCAAGGCCACCUAUGCCUGCUUCCUUCGGGGCAAUGCAGAGAUGAUCUUCAUGUCCCUCUACUCCCUCCUCUAUAUGUCCAGCCUUCUGCCGGCCAAAAUCUUUGCCAUUGCUACCAUCAACAAGUCCGGCUGGGGCACCUCUGGCCGAAAAACCAUUGUGGUGAACUUCAUCGGCCUCAUCCCUGUGUCCAUCUGGGUGGCAGUUCUCCUGGGAGGGCUGGCCUACACAGCUUAUUGCCAGGACCUGUUCAGUGAGACGGAGCUAGCCUUCCUUGUCUCUGGGGCUAUCCUGUACGGCUGCUACUGGGUGGCCCUCCUCAUGCUGUAUCUGGCCAUCAUUGCCCGGCGAUGUGGGAAGAAGCCGGAGCAGUAUAGCUUGGCUUUUGCUGAGGUGUGACAUGGCCCCCAAGCAGAGCGGGUAAAGUGCAAUGGGUAAGGGAGGGAAGGGGAAUGGAAGAGAAAAGAUGGGGUGGGAGGGAGGAGGGAGUGCUGUGUUUGAGUCUCUUAAUGGUCCAAAGGACAAAUCUAAAAUGCAAAGAAUGGUGAUGUAGUAUGGCCUGGCAGCUCUGUUUAGAGGGGGCAACACUGAUCCCCCUAGGUGCAGGGCUGCAGGGGAUUCUGUGUUUUCAGAUUGCCUGUCUGCUUGCAUCUGCACAUAGGCAGUAGUCUCCCCCUGGGCUCCAGAGGGCACUCAGAAGUGCGCUAAACCAAGUAAGUCCCAUUCAGUGGCAACUUGUGAUAGGUACCUGAGUGAUGGCCACCUGUGGAAAGAGGUUCUCCCAGCCCAUCUGAACACAACCAGAGGUGGCAGGAGAAUUUCUACUGAGCGAGCUGGGCCGGUUAGUGUAUGUCACCCCCACCCCACCCCUAAGUAGUCAUCAAUGCAAUAAGAUUGCGCCUGAGAUACAAGGCCCAGAAGCCUGAUCUUUGGGCAUCAGAAAACAGGGUCCAGGAAUGGUGCUUCAUGUGAGAUACCCCACUCCACAUCAGCAUUCCAGGGAUGAGCCAAACCAGCAGGGAGUUAGCACUGAACUGCUUUUAAAAGUGUACAUUAAAAAGGAAAGUGCCAGGAGGAACAAAGAGAUUGUGGUGGUGCUAAAGGAGGCCAUAAGCUAUACAGAGGCCUUGGGUGUUCCACCUGGAAAUUGCUCAGACGUCUAGAUGGGUUCUUAGCUUGUCUGUGAUCUCUGCUGGGGAGAUAAAAAGAUUAAGCCCCAACAUGUUCAGAAAAGUAGUGAAGUUUUGGGUAUUUUAACCUGUAUACUCCUGAAUUCCUCUCAAAUUCAGCUCUGAUCUGAGGCUGAGACACACUCCUCACUUCACUUUCUUCAAAGGCAUAUUUUUUGAGGUAACACUGCAGUCACCUCUUCUACCCUCAUCAUCAUGGGUAAGUUUUUCAAGGUGGCAAUUGGGGCGGAGCCUGGGCUCUUAUAGAACCCUCAGCAGGAGGCAAGCGUGUUCUCAGCACAUAUGGGAACUAUGAGGAGCCUCUGAUCAAAUUGGCUACAAUCUUGGAGCUGCUUGGACAGAUUCCUUGGCAGCCGGGUUAGCAUGUGUGACUUUCAGGCUACUGUUCUUGACAAUCAUCUCUAAUGGAAAGCUUUUCGGUGUUCCCAAAGUGAACUCUCAAAUCCAAAAUGGUUAUCUUUGAGAACAUCCAUUCUCCUCAGUGGCUUCUCCAGGCAAUUCUUACAGCCCAGUUGUGACAGUCACUGCAUUUGCUUGCUUCUUUCCAGAAACCAAACUAGGAGAUGAAACUGGUUCCUACAUCCUAAGGUUGCUUUCUCUCUCAUGCCUCCUGAGGCUGUUUUUGGCUGUUUUCCCUCUGCUGCUUUUGGGGAAUGAGGGAAGCCAUUUUCCAGUGACUUGCAAUCCAGGCUGUUCUCGGUGUUGGAGUUUAAACCUGGGAUCCUGACUAAGCCUUUGACUUAGGGGUUGCUGGCUUGCCCUCCAAAUGUCCUUUCUCAGAGGCCAGCUAACCCGUGCAGAACCAGCACUGAGGUGGACAGCAGACGAGGGCAAGCCUCAAGUGUACCCAGGUGCUUCCUACAAAGACACAAGGUGUGCUCUGAGCCACAGAUGGGCAAACCCUGGUGCUUUCCUUCAUCUCCUAUGAACUCAAGGGUUUCCAGGUGUAGCUAACAGUUGCCACAUCACACAGACCUCGAGUUUCUGGUAAGACUGCUGGUUGACAUCAGACCCAACCCAUGAAGGCUGGAAGGCAGCAGGCAUUUGCUAAGGCAGCUGAUCCAGGCAAUCGUUAUGCUGGCCAAGAAGUAAACUAUUUUGAGCAUUAGAAUGGAGGAAAUCCGGUCAGCCAAGUGCAGAGUUCAGACUUCGCUAAGGGCUUUUCUUCAGCAUUUACUUGAAGAUUAAUGUAGGAUGUCAGGCUCUCCUGGCUGUCCUACCAUCAGCUCUGCCUUGCACUGUGGUCAUCAACUUUCCUCAAAUCAAAAAUAGGCAGGUACAGGUAGUGGGCUCACAACGUUUGACCUCGACUGGUUUUUCUAAGUUAUUUUGUACAUUUUUCAGCAGCAAAACCAAACUGGGUCUUCAGCUUUAUCCCCGUUUCUUGCAAGGGAAGAGCCUUUAUACAAUUGGACGCAUUUUGGUUUUUCCUCAUUGAGAAUUCUAAUCCUCUUUUGUAUUGUUUCUACAAUAAUUUGUAAACAUAUUUAUUUUUACCUUUUUUUUUUUUUUUAAUUUUCAGGUCAAGUUUUUUAUACUGCACUUAUUUGUCAAAAUAAAGAUUCUCACAUAUGCUGGUUAUCUCG